AUGCGAGCCGGCCUCUUCAAGAUCUUUACCAUCACUGCGACCUUUUCUACAGUCCUAUCUGCGCCUGUAGACCCAGCUGAAGGGCAGGUCAACACAACCGAGACCACCGAUCUGCAUGCCGUAGCAACACCUGUAAAGGUUGCUGAAGUCAAGGAUACCGGCGCCGGGGAUGUGUUGCGUCGAACCCGACACUAA